GGACAGAACCUCUCGUGCAGUUGCACUUGCAGUCCUCACACACUCACACACACUCUCACACACACUCUUCAUACAUCCACUCUGUCACACACACUUUUUCUCACUCGCUCUCAUUGCAGUAGAGACACUCUUACACACGCACUCAUUAGUGAAGAUGCCUUGUGUCACUCCUUGCCGAAUGAUGAAGAUGAAGGGGCCCAAAUCAUGCAGCUCCAUAUUGGGGAGAAUCCUCAGGGUAGAUCAGAUCCUGUCCGAUUUCUGGCUUGAUACGGAGGAACUAAUGGAGGUGAUGAGGAGGAUGCAGCGGGAGAUGGAUCGGGGGUUGUGCGUCGUGACGCACGACCAGGCCAGCAUUAAAAUGUUACCCACUUACGUGUGUCUGACCGCAGAUGGAUCAGAGGUGGGGGAGUUCCUUGCUCUGGACCUGGGAGGCACAAAUUUUCGAGUGAUGUUGGUGAAAGUGGUGGAGGAUGAGAAGAGGGGCUGGAAGGUGGAGACCAGGCACCAGGUGUACUCCAUCCCAGAGGAGGCCAUGACUGGCACAGCACAAAUGCUCUUUGACUACAUUGCUGAGUGCAUCGCAGACUUCCUGUCGAACAAUCACCUCAAGCACAAGAAGCUCCCCUUGGGGUUCACCUUCUCCUUCCCAGUCCGGCAUGAGGACUUAGACAAGGGGAUCCUUCUGAACUGGACCAAAGGAUUUAAGGCUGCAGGUGCUGAGGGCAACAAUGUGGUCAGCCUGCUGCAGGAUGCCAUCAAGAGGAGAGGGGAUUUUGAGAUGGAUGUGGUUGCCAUGGUGAAUGACACAGUGGCCACCAUGAUCUCCUGCUAUUACGAUGACCGGAGCUGUGAGGUCGGAGUGAUCGUAGGUACAGGCUGUAAUGCCUGCUACAUGGAGGAGAUGGGGAGGGUGGAGCUGGUGGAGGGAGAGGAGGGCCGCAUGUGCGUGAACACAGAGUGGGGGGCCUUCGGGGCCAACGGCGAGCUGGAGGAUUUCCGUCUGGAGUACGACCGCAGGGUGGACAAGACGUCGCUCAACCCCGGCCAGCAGCUCUAUGAGAAGCUGAUAAGUGGGAAGUACAUGGGGGAGCUGGUGCGUGUGGUGCUGAUGAAGCUGGUGAGCCAGGGCCUGCUGUUCCGUGGCCGGGCCUCUGAGCAGCUGAAGACCAGGGGCAGCUUCGAGACCCACUUCGUGUCUCAGAUAGAGAGUGACACAGGGGACAGACAGCAGAUCUGUAAAGUCCUGUCCAGGCUGGGCCUGUCGGCCUCGGAGCUGGACUGCGACAUCGUUCGGCUGGCCUGCGAGAGCGUCUCCACGCGAGCCGCCCGAUUGUGUGGGGCGGGCCUCGCCAGCAUCAUCAACCGCAUGCGGGAGCGCCGCGGCCAGGAGAAGCUCAAGAUCGCCGUCGGCGUCGACGGCUCCGUCUACAAACUGCACCCAUGUUUCCAAGAAAAAUUCCAUAAAGCAGUCCGUGAACUGGCACCGUCCUGUGACAUUUCCUUCGUCCAAUCAGAAGAAGGAAGUGGACGGGGAGCAGCGCUGAUAUCCGCGGGGGUCUGCAAGACGGUAGCUUGCAUACUCAACAAGUGAAGGAGUGUGGCUCAGCCUUCAACCACGAGGGUGCGGUUCACUCGCUGUGUAAUGGGACUCGGGCUUCUCUUGCCAAGAAAGGGCACUUCUUUAGCCUUAUUGACAGCAUUCUUAUGUAUUCCAGAAAGGAAUCCAAAAUGGUUAAGGAAUGAUUUGGCACACUGAGAACACGGGAGGACUAGAACAUGCAAAGAGCUGUCAAACAGGAGCUAGCAGACUCCGCCAAAUCUAUUCUCUUCUGCGGUACUGCAUGCUUCAGCACAUUGAUGCCUUGUGUUUUUUAUUGCAUUGCGUAUCUGAGUGAGCGGUUACUGCUUAUUUAUCACAGCGUUACAACUUUACAAAAAUCAAGACUUGCUGUUAAACGGUUGUUUUAGUGGGGCAGAUAAUCCUGUGAUGUGUUGAAAAAAGAUAUUCAAGGCACAAGCCACACUUUCACAAUGCCCAAUUAAUCAAAGCACACAAGCACAUUCUUCUGGAAUAGGUUUUUAGUGAAUUCCAAGCUGUUCCUUUAGUGUGCAUUCUUUCUGCAUUCGAAUGCCCCCACAUUCACCCCACACCCACCAUUUUCCCCCAAGUAUUGGAACAAAUAAAUGUCAUUGUAGGACCUAUUUUCUCCCAUUUUGUAUGCCCAGUUUGUGUGUUUUUACUCCUCAUCCCUGCAACCUCUGUCAGUUCAGAAGAGUGCAAGCGAGCACAGCCUCACCUCCAAAACACAAUGUCAAGUCUGCUUCUUUUCACUUCGCAUUCCCCCCAGAACACUAUGCUUGGCUUGUGCAGGCAGACUGCAUGCACCAAACUGACCAGAGUCAGUUAGACAUCCUGUCAACGGAAAAGUUUUCUUCUCUUUUUUAUAAGCACUUAUCACAAAGAUGUAAGAAUGUUGUUUCUACAUGAUACUGAGGGAGUUUUAUGAUUUAUCCUUCAUUAAUUAGGGCCCACCUUGUCAGAGUGUUUAGUGUGGCAUCCUGAUGUGCAUGUUUUUGUGUCAGUCUGUGCAUGACCAUCUCAUCUGUCCCUAAUCUGUACCAGCCAGAGACUUCUGCCUCAGAAGCUGUUUGAAUCUUUCAGACCAUAAGAGCUUUCUAUAGCUAUUUGUCUAGUCUGUCUCAGUGAGGUCAUCUGCAUUUAAUGUGCAAUGCAGGGAUCUCAAACUCUAAUUCAGGACAGCCGCAGUGUCUACUGGUCUUUGGUGUGUUUCAGGGCAUAAGUGCUUAAGUCAUUGAUUGGCUGAAGAGUUCACAUGUGUUGUUUCCGAAGCCUGAAUUGACUGUUGAUUGAAAGGAAACCACAAAAUCAUGCAGACAUUGCAGCCCCCCAGGACUGGAGUUUGAGAUCCCUGGUGUAAUAUGAAUUUCAGACUUAACCAAAAGCACAUAAAGCAAAACAAGCCUUUAUUCAAUCAAUUAUGAAAUUCCUCUCCCAGAACUUUCACAAUUUUUUUAUUGUAACCAAUCUGUGACUGCAGAGAAACAAGUGUUAGGGUGUUCUUUUUGAGAUGUCUGUCCUUGUUAGUUUUUGCUAACAAUACAGCAAGAAAAAAGGGUAAAUAAAAUAAAUGACUGCUUUUCUAUUUAUUAAAAUAACACAUCUAUUGUUGUCUUUUGUAGCAUUUCCUGCCUAAAGAAAUACAACAAAAAAGAAAUCUGAAGA